AACCGAAGCAAAGUUCGAGUCGAAUUAAAUAUUGUCCAAAAAGUGUUCACUCCACGGUUCUGUCUCCACGGCGGCACACGGACACAUCCGGAAGCGCGUGUUCCUCCAUUUUGCUCUCGCUGGCACGCGCGUUCUGUAAAUUCUGUGGAUUUUCCCGCCCGCACCGCCCCCGCCGCCCUCUUCGUCAAUUUCUGGAACAACUACAACCAUUUCCCCGACUUUUACCCAUUCAUCUCGCGUGUGUGUGUGUGUGUGCUACCAAAAAAUAAAAAUAAAAAUAAAUAAAUAAAAUAGAAAGCGUGUUUAACCGUGUGUAGUGUGUUUUGUGCGGAAAAUAAAAUAAAAGGAAUGCAAAUGCAGGCAGCAGGGCAAAGGCUGAAUGUGUUUUCCAAUUGAAAUCAUAGCCAGUACGUGGGAAAACGAGCUCCAGGAGUAACAGGAGCUGCGAGGAGGAUGUAGUCGCGGAAUAUCCAUGCACUUGUCUUGGUGACCUCACACCACACACACACAGGCCGACACACAAACACCAGCGACCCAGCUAGCUUUCAGGAUGUCACGCAUCCACUACGUUGACCAGGUGGAAUACCACGGAGAGUUGGCGGAGGAGGAGGUCCAGGACCUGCGGCACCUGCACUCCGGCGUUUCCACACCCCCGUCGCGGAUCUCGCCGCACGGCUCCCCCCAGCUGCAGCAGUCGCAGCGCCUGGGCAAGCACCUCAGCAAAUCCGCCUCGGAGCUGAAUGGUCACGAUUGCCAUCACAACGAAUCGCCGCACAUAUCACCCAAGCGGGCCAAGAGUGCCGUGGCCCAGCAGCUAGCCGGCCAGGGAGUCGGUGCCCCCGGAGCGGGGGGCGUGGCCAGCGGGGUGGGCGUGCUGCAGAAGACGCACGGAUUCUUCAACAACCUCCGGCAUCGGUGGAGUCGGGCGAAGAGCAAAGACCGCUUGGGCCGCAAGUCGCCCAGCGAUUUCCUCGAGGAAAGCACCGAUUAUGCGGCGGACUACAGCUCGGAGAGCAGUUCCGUAACCCAGAGUCCUCGCCAUCGCAGCACCACCAUCGGUGGCUCACCUCUGGCCCGAGAAUUCCGGGCCACGGCCAAAAUGGCCCAGGUCAUCCAGCGGUUCGGGGGCUCCAUGGAGGGGCGGAUUGAUGAGCAUCCGGAGAAUGGCGCCGCCAGCCCUCCGCCGGAACUAACCACCCAACAGCAGUUGGAGGCUUUGCAGGCCGACGAACAGCGUCGCAAGCGCGAAGCCCAAUUACGUCAAUUCGUCUUCUUUCAGCUGCGCGUCCAUCUCAAGUCCGGCAGCGACCUGGUGGCCAUGGACAAGAAUGGUCUGAGUGAUCCUUAUGUAAAGUUCAAGGUCGGCGGCAGGCUCCUCCACAAGUCGCGCACCAUUCACAGGGACCUGAAUCCUGUGUGGGACGAGGUCUUCAUAGUGCCCAUUGAGGACCCCUUUCAGCCGAUUAUUGUUAAGGUCUUCGACUACGACUGGGGCCUGCAGGACGAUUUCAUGGGCUCGGCCAAGCUGGACUUAACCCAAUUGGAAUUGGGCAAGGCCGAGGACAUCCACCUGCGGCUGUGCGAUACCGGCGGAAACGGCGAGGGUGGCAUGGGCGAGAUUCUCAUCAAUUUGACGCUAUGGCCGCGCAGCCAAGAGGACAAGGAAAUGCACUUUCAGCGCAACUCGAAGCUGGCUGAGUCAUCGAAGCGCUUGAAGUCGCAGAUCUGGAGUUCGGUGGUCACCAUUCUCCUGGUGAAGGCGAAGGACCUGCCCCUGGCGGAGGAUGGCAGCAAGCUGAACGAUACACAUUUUAAAUUCAGAUUGGGCAACGAAAAGUACAAGAGCAAGACCUCCUGGACGGAGCGCUGGCUGGAGCAGUUCGACCUACACCUCUUCGAUGAGGAUCAGAACCUGGAGCUGGCCCUCUGGAACCGCAACACUCUCUACGGCAGGGCCAUCAUCGACUUGAGCGUGUUCCAGCGCGAAACCACGCACGGCAUCUGGAAACCGCUCGAAGAUUGUCCAGGUGAAGUCCACCUGAUGCUCACCAUUAGUGGCACUACGGCCCUGGAGACAAUCAGCGACCUGAAGGCAUUCAAGGAGGAUCCCCGAGAGGCACAGCAACUGAAGGAUCGAUACAAAUUCAUCCGCUGCCUGCAGAAUCUGCGGGAUGUGGGCCACUUAACCGUCAAGGUCUUUGGAGCCACAGGGUUGGCGGCGGCAGACAUAGGCGGAAAAUCGGAUCCUUUUUGUGUCCUGGAACUGGGUAACGCCCGUCUGCAAACCCAAACCGAGUACAAGACCCUGACUCCAAACUGGAACAAGAUUUUUACUUUCAAUGUCAAGGACAUCACACAGGUGCUGGAGAUCACCGUCUACGAUGAGGAUCGCGACCAUCGUGUAGAGUUUCUCGGCAAGCUUGUAAUUCCUCUGCUGAGGAUCAAGAGCGGGGCCAAGAGAUGGUACACCCUCAAGGACAAGAAUCUGUGUGUCCGAGCCAAGGGAAACUCGCCGCAAAUUCAACUGGAAUUGACUGUAGUUUGGAACGAGAUACGGGCUGUUUGCAGAGCCCUGCAGCCCAAGGAGGAGAAACUCAUCCAGCAGGAGGCAAAGUUCAAGAGACAGCUCUUCUUGCGGAACGUCAACCGCUUGAAGGAGAUCAUCAUGGAUAUACUAGAUGCCGCCCGAUAUGUUCAGAGCUGCUUUGAAUGGGAAUCCCCAGUGCGUUCUAGCAUAGCUUUCGUUCUGUGGAUAGUGGCCUGUGUGUACGGCGACUUGGAGACAGUUCCUCUAGUACUAUUACUCAUCAUACUCAAAAACUGGCUUGUUCGCCUGAUAACUGGAACAACAGAUGCCUCUGCGGGUCAUUAUGACUACGAGUACGAUGAGGACGACGACGAUGACAAGGAGAAGGAGGAGAAAAAGUCCAUCAAGGAGCGGUUACAGGCCAUCCAGGAAGUCUCUCAGACAGUGCAGAAUACCAUUGGGUAUUUGGCCUCCCUGGGAGAGAGCACCAUCAACACAUUCAACUUUUCCGUCCCCGAACUGACCUGGCUGGCUGUGGUUUUACUCUUGGGUGCCAUUCUGGUCCUGCAUUUCGUGCCACUCCGCUGGCUCCUGCUCUUUUGGGGCCUAAUGAAGUUUUCGAGGCGCCUGCUGCGACCCAACACCAUACCCAACAACGAGCUAUUGGACUUUCUGUCCAGGGUGCCUGACAACGAGGAAAUUAACCAAUAUCGAGAGCUGCCUCCUUCGGCGCCCACCGAUCAGACUCGCAACAAUCCCAAAAAGAAACUGAAAGGAUCAUAGUCUAUAACCGGCGCGGAUGCGGCCUCCUUGCCGCAGUCCAGCGCCACCAGUGGAGGGGGGAGCGGCCAACAGCUGAUACAACGCUUCCGGGCCAAUACCAGCCAGCUGAAGCACAAAUUUGGCCAGGCCAAGAGCCUCAGUCUGAGCCAUAGCGAAUUCAAUUAGACACCAAUGUUAAUUAAGGAUAUUAGGGCAACACACCACAUUCAACAUCAAACUCCACCCAACUCGACUCAAUUAUGCAGCACAAAGUUUGCUUAACUUAUUUUCCUAAAAACUAUAUAUAUAGAGCUAUACCAGAGAAUAUAAAUGUACUAUAUAUGUAUGGAGAGAUCCAACUAUUUACACUCAACAAAAAGCUACUGUACAUACACGAGGAUAUGGCCCGCAUAUAGGACUCUAAUUGAAACAUUGCAUGUACCUAAGGUUAACCCCCAUCUCUCAAAACUAUCUCUUAACUAUUCAAAUAUCUACCAAACGUCAAAUUGCUAAGCUCCAAAUGCAGAUUCCAAAUGCGAUCCAAUUGUUUGUAUUGUAUAUUUCGAUUUGUGAUAUUUUCAAAGAAUUUUGCAACUAGGCUUACAACUACUUAUGUGACUUACGAAUCCACGGAAGCUCCACAACCGCACCGAAGUUUCCCUAAACUCCAUUUACAUUUGUAACAUUUACCUCUCGAUUGCACUCGAAUUGUUUAAGGAUGCUUCUUUAUAACGUUUAUAUAUACACCUAUAGUUAUACCUAAACCAGCCUCUAACUAAAUUUAAUAAAUCUAAUUUAUUGUAAUUAUUUCAUUCGGCAAAAACCAAAAAGAGAAGAGAAUUGUUCAAAACAUUUUUUGCUAAAGUCUAUAUAUAUACAUAUAUUUAUUAACUAUGUCUAGGAUAAUCAGCUCGUCGAGGCCCAGGCCCAGCCAUACUUAUGUAUAACUAAAUCAAUUAAACUAAAUUGCUACUGUAAACCCUCUCCGAUCGAUCCAUUUGAUAAAAUUUAGAUAGUUCAACUAUUUUGUACCCCACAGAUGAGCAACAACAAAGUUUUUAUAUACAUACCGAACUCAAUUAACUAAUUAGCACCUAAGUUAAGUUUGUUAUUUUUCAAUAUACUUAUAUAAAUGUAUAUGUAUACAUAUAUUGCGGCAAAAAUAAAAACAUAUUUUUGGAUUUCGCUCAAAAUAUAUACCUUUGAGUGAUUGUCAAACUGUUAGGAGGGUAAUUGUGAAAC